AUGAAGUUCGGAAAGCAGAUUCAGUUCCAACAGAUUCCGGAAUGGCAGAGCCAUUACAUGAGCUACAAGGGUCUGAAGAAGAUCAUCAACUCACUCAUUCAGGAGAAAGCCCAAGUGUCUGUCACGAUAGCAGCGUCGCCUCCUCCAGGAUCUGCGCCCGAGAUCCCAGAUGAUGAUAAUUCGACUUAUCUGCAGUCGCAAAAGGCGGCCUUCUUUUUCAAGCUGGAGCGUGAGCUAGAAAAGGUCAACUCGUUCUACUUGCAAAAGGAGUCCGAACUCAAGGUGCGACUUAGAUCCCUGAUCGAUAAGGAAAAGGUCAUUCUCUUGCGCCAAGGCAGACCUGGCACUGGCUCCUCCAUCAACUCGCUCAAAGAGGCCUACAGACAGUUCGAGCAGGAUCUCAGCAAGUUGCAGAAAUUUGUCGAAACCAAUGGUACGGGGUUUCGAAAGAUCCUGAAAAAGUGGGACAAGCGAUCAAAGUCUACAACCAAGGAGCUGUACUUGACCCGUCAGGUCGAUCUUCAGCCAUGCUUCAACCAAGAUGCCAUGGUGGAGCUCGCCGACGGCGCCGCCCACCAUCUUCUCGAUCUGGAAAAUAUCCAGCAGGGACGGCCAUCGUCCACACCUUCAAGCCCGGUUUCUACCAAGCCUGCGCAAUCUCUCCAAUCCCAGGCGCUUCCGUCCCCAAUGCAGCAGCAACUGGAGGAGCUAGAAUCGGAUCUUUUCAAUGCGAUCAUCACGAACCAGGCCUCUGCUGUUCAAGAAAUCAUGAGUCGCCGCAUCUUUACGACCUCUGCGCAACAGACCACCGGUGCAAGAUCAGAGUCCGACCCUAACCCCGACAGCAGCGCUCCUGGCCCUGAACAUGUUCGAGAGGUCUUAUCUCGUGUUUUCUGGAGGUGUUGCUCGGAGACCGGAGCUUUGGACAGUGUGAUGCAGCAACUUGUAGACACAGGUCUGGUCAAUUUCAAAUUUGUGGACGAUAUAAGCGACCGCACCUGCCUUCAUGAGGCGGCCAUGGUGGGACGGCUCUCGAUCCUCAGACUUGGUGUGGAGCAUGGUCUCAGCCCCGAGAGCACCGAUGUGUAUGGACGGCGACCUCUGCACUAUGUCUCGAUGUACGGAUAUGCCGAUUGUGCGACAUAUUUGCUAUCGCUGGGGGCAUCUACGACCGCGACGGAUCAUGAUGGAUUCCAACCAUUGAUAUACUCUGUCAUGAAUGGCCAUACCAUGUGUGUCGAAAUCUUUCUUGUCAAUGGCACCGAAAUCGAAGCAAGUAAGGAAGGCGAUCCUAUCCCCCUCAGCCUGGCCUGCCAUUAUGGCCAUGAAGACAUUGCUAUGAUGCUGAUUAGCCGUGGGGCAAAUGUCCUCGCUAGUAAUGCCGAUGGGUUGGAGCCGUUGCAUAUUACCUCUCGGGAGGGUCACACUCGUCUUACAAAGACUUUGGUCGCACGAGGUGCUCGAUUGGAUCAGGAGGACAAGUAUAUGUGCUGGACACCACUCUUCUAUGCUGCGAGUGAGGGGCAUGUCGAUUGUGUCAAAAUCCUCCUGGAUGCUGGCUGCAACGUCAACGUGGCCGAUGAACAUGGCAAGACUCCUAUUUACUAUGCUGCCAGCGAGGGACAUGUCGAUUGUGUCGCCCUCCUGAUUGCUGCUGGGGCCAAGGCUGAAGGACGACUUUCAGGAUUGGUACUUGAUACGGUCAUGGAGCUCGCUCCAUGUGCUAUCGACAACCUUACUAGCCUUCCCCUUCCGGACGCGAGGGGAUCGGAGGAAGCGAGACCGGAUUCGAUGGAGAGCCCAACAAAUAUGGAUGAUCUAGACAUGGACCUUAUACCGUCACUGUCACUGCCGCCACCUAUCAUCCCGUUCAGGAUUUAUGGACAUAACUAUCUCGACAAAAAGUAUCAGAUCGACCUUAUGCUGGGCCAUGUCCUUCAUAACCAGCCCGGAGCCACCCAGAACCCCGUCCGUCUGUAUGGCGCAGCCCAGAUAUCUUCACUCAAACUCGUCAUCUCGUCACGGCCCGACAAUGGCAUGAUUCCACACAACGUGAUUCUUCCUCUGAGAGAAUAUCGGAAGGUCUACGGUUUUCAGGUGGAUGCACUCGAACAAUUCACAGUCGAGUUUGAGAUCUUUCCAACCUUCGGAUCUAAAGCCAUCGGUCGAGCUGUGGCCCUGCCCAGUACUUUCUCGUCUCCAGCAACCACCAUCGGCAGGGAUGUAUUACCUCUGUUUGAUGCGCAUCUCAAGGUCGUCGGAGAACUCGCGUUCGAGUUCAAAGUCAUCAAACCUUUCCAGGGUGUUGGUCUUGAGGUUGGAGGUCGCCUCGAAACAUACUGGAAGUCAACCAACAGCAUCGACUCUGUCAUUUCAACCGCCGCGCCACCGGUGGUGACAAAUACUUCUCUAGUACCAUUGAGCACAUCGACCUACAGGGGAGUUUUACCGCACUCUGGACCGCAGACGACGCUCUCUGGCAAUAUCAUUCCGUCCUAUAUUACGGCUUCAUCGCUUUCAGGAGAGUAUAUUCAGCUUUCUAUCCAGCUGACACGAGAUUUUGUUCCAGUCGUAUUCACAGAUUGGCGUCUGCCUCUUGAGGGAUUCGAUGUGGCCCUCUCGGACGUCACUUUCAGUCAGUUCAAGAACUUCAAGGACUCAAUCCGCCACAGCGACAGAGCUGAGGAGCUGGAGAACACAAAUGCAAGUCUCUCAAGCGGGUGGAGCAGUACCAAGUGGAGGCGCGUGAUAUAUGGCCGCUGGAUGAGCCUUGAACAGGCGCUGAAGAUCCUCCCUAAGCGCAUCGGAGUUAACCUCGAGCUGAAGUACCCAACCACAUCCGAGAGGCGAUACUACAGGUUGUCCAACACAGCCGAGUUCAAUAAGUUUGUGGACACAGUUCUGCAAACAGUUUACAACUCUUCCUCCGCAACACAUCAUCGCAGAUUUAUGUUCUCUUCGUUCAAUCCAGUCAUUUGCUCGGCCCUCAACUGGAAGCAGCCCAACUAUGCUGUCUUUUUCAGUACAUAUUGCGGAUACAACAAAGAGCGCACCGUUGGAUCACUUCAUCCUAUCGACUCAACACUGCGUGGAGCUAAACGUAAGGAGCCUGCCGACCCUGAGAUUCUUCCUUCGCCGAAAUAUGGAUCAGGAGCAUCGACUUUCCUUGGCCUUGAUAGUGGUCGGCCCGAGCUUUUAUCAGGUGCAUCUUCUGAGACUGUCAGGUCGACUCCAGUCAGCGUAUCGAGCUCUCCCGCGAUUUCAAGCAUGAAUCAGAGUAACGUUAAUGACGGCUCUGCCGUUUUUGUCGAGUCAGAUCGGAGGUGCACGUCCAUCAAGGAGGGUAUCAAGUUCGCGCGAAGCAAUAACCUGCUGGGCGUCAUCUGCGAGGCAACACCCUUGAUCCAAGUUCCUAGCCUGAUUACGCAUAUCAAAGAAUCAGGGCUUAUUCUGACAAGUUUCGGCGCCAGUAACAGAGACCCGUCCUUGGUUCAACUUCAGAAGGGUUAUGGUGUCGAUGCUCUGAUGAUCAUAAAUGGCCGCACCAAUAGUGCCAUGACCGGACUGGGUUUGCAUACAGAGCCAGUGUCAUCAGACCCAUUAGGAUCCGCAUCGGGACUGCUUGGCACUGUACAUAUGCCUGAGGCGGAAGAAGGCGUUUUGCGAUAUUAG